UGGAGUUCAAUGGCGGAGGCUGGUUACGUGUCUUCAAUAUGAUGGCUAAGCCUGCAACCAAAGCAUCGGCUACAGAAAUGUACAACAUUAUACAGAGCAACGGACCUGUCCAAGCAGUUCUCUCCAACACCACCAGCACAGCUAUCUCCACACAGGGUCUGGACCUUGGCGCGUACCAUGAGGUUGUGUACGGCUGGGCCAAGUCUUCUGAUGACGUGGUGUCGCACUACGGCUACUACCGUGACGACCUGGGCCUGAAGGGACAUUGUUACAUCGACGGCUUCUGUGGGGACAACACGGUGGUGGCCACCAUGACCAGCAGCGUCACAAGGGAGAAGAAAGAGAUCAAGACUGGGAAUGACCCAUCCUACCCUCACGUGGGGCUGGGCUGGACAGGUCAGCAGAUCACGUGGGGUUACGACCUGAACACGUCUCCUCACGGCCACUGGGGGAACUGGUACACCAGCUCCUGCUGUCUGACCGGAAAUACCGCCGACAUCCGGGAUGCUGGGAGCAACUGGCGCUACUCCAUCCUCAUCCGUUAGAGGAAGGACAUCAUCGUCUUAAUUUUGUUGGGAAAUGUAAACAGUUUGCCAAUGUUUAAUCAAAGUUGUUAUAAUAAUCACAGGUCCUGCCUGAUGUAAGUAUCAAUGUCCCCUUAUGUCCUACAUCUAUAUUAGCAACGGACUUCAUAUAAUCAUAUAUCGAACAUAGUCACAGGGGGCUAUGAUUUAGAUAAGUUCAAUGUGUCUAAAUCAAAGGCAUCACAACGCAAUGUUUUCACGGGAGUGAUUAGCAUUGAGUUUACAUUUUUCCUUAAGUCUUCGAAGUAUGAAUUGGUAAUUAUGGUAACGAAACGAAUGCUCAGAUAAAUGUUGUAUUGCAGAUUUCGAUUUGUUAGCUUGAGGAAUACCCAGAUACCUGUCGGAAAAAAAUACAUGUGUUGAGCAGAAAAAUA